AUGGGCCAGUUCAAAUGGAUACUCGACAAGCUGGCCGUAGAGCACGAGCAGGGACUCACCAAUGCCCAGAUGAUGUUGACCAACAGUGAUCUACGACCAGUGGACCCUGAACGACGUCAAUGGAGAUGGAUCAAUUUUGUUGCUUUCUGGAUUGCAGACUCGCUUAAUAUUAACACAUGGAUGAUUUCCUCCUCGAUGAUUGUCGACGGUCUUUCCUGGUGGCAGUCCUGGAUCUGUGUCUGGGUUGGAUAUUUCGUGGCUGCAGGCUUCGUGUGCCUGACUGGACGAAUUGGCGCUGUCUAUCACAUUUCUUUUCCCGUCACAGCUCGAGCUUCAUUCGGAAUAUGGGGUUCUUUAUGGCCCGUCCUUAACCGCGUGGUGAUGGCUAUCAUUUGGUAUGGCGUGCAGAGUUAUAUCGGAGGUCAGUGUGUGACUGUCAUGAUCGAGGCCAUCUGGCCCAGCUACCGGAACCUUCACAAUGGUCUCUCUGCCAGUGCUGGCGUCGACACCAAGAACUUCCUCAGCUUCUUCUUGUUCUGGCUGGUCUCGCUUCCAGCCUUGUGGUUCCCCGUUCACAAAGUCCGUCACCUAUUCACCGCUAAGGCGAUCUACUCUCCCAUCGCUGCCAUCUCUUUCUUUGCCUGGGCCAUUUCCCGUGCUCACGGUCUCGGCCCGAUUAUCCACAAGUCUAACACCGUCCACGGAAGCGAUCUUUCAUGGGCGAUGGUGAAAGGAAUCAUGUCGUGCAUCGGAAACUUCGCGGCACUUAUCAUGAACAACCCCGAUUUCUCACGAUUUGCGAAAACACCAAAGGAUGCAAUUUGGGCCCAGCUAUUUACUAUUCCGGUCGGCUUUGGCGUCACCUCAUUCAUUGGAAUCAUCGUGUCUUCCUCCUCAUCGGUGAUCUUCAACGACGGCUACACAUGGAAUCCCCUUGAUCUCCUCGCAAAAUUCCUUGAUGGAGCCAGUUCCGGCCAGCGCUUCGGUAUCUUCGUCAUCGCCACCGGAUUUGCUCUAGCUCAGCUCGGAACAAACAUUUCCGCCAACUCGAUCUCGGCAGGUACUGAUCUGACUGCACUGCUACCCCGAUACAUGAGCAUCCGACGAGGUAGUUACAUCUGCGCCAUUGUCGGCCUCGCUAUGUGUCCAUGGAACCUGCUCUCGACCUCAAACAACUUCACAACCUACCUCUCAGCAUAUUCCCUCUUCCUCUCCGCCAUCGCCGGCGUCAUGAUCUGCGACUACUACAUCGUCCGCAAGGGCUUCUUGAACGUCAAAUCUCUCUACAGCGCGAGCAAAACAGACUGCUACUAUUACAACGGCGGCUUCUCCUGGCGUGCCUAUACCGCAUACAUUUGCGGUAUCCUGAUUAAUAUCGUUGGCUUCGCCGGUGCCGUGGGGCGCGAGGUUCCCAUCGGCGCGGAAUACAUCUACAACAUCAACUAUUUCACCGGGUCCAUUGUUUCCGGUGGCGUGUACUUCGCUCUGACGUGGUUCUUCCCCGUCCCUGAGACAAGUGCUACCUGGAACGAGGUUGACAUCGAUGCUGAGGAUCUCUCCGUUUCAUACGGAAAGGACCCCAAUGACAUGGAGGCUCAUGGUUAUGCUGAGCGGAGGUCGUUUGAUGAUGCGCUUGGGUUGGAUGAUCGGAAAGGUCCGAAUACUUCGGACAGGAAGCUUUGA